CAACGUAGUGAGUUUGCAGAAUCUUUUAAGUAAAACCAUCAUUGCAACUUGGCGAGCAAUUUUUUGAUAGUUAGUUUAUACAUUUUGGUUGUUAAAAAAGAAGAACAUGUACGCCAACCCAAAUUCAAUUAUCAAUCCUUCUCUCUGGCCCAAUGGUCCGGCACCAGGAUGUUUUUUUAAAUUUCCGGGAACGAAUGUCACUUCUACUUCUUCCAACAGUGGCAUCAUCACUCGAACUCAGUCACCAGUGACAACAGGCACAUCCAUCCUUGGACUGGUAUUCGAUGGAGGUGUCAUGCUUGCUGGUGAUAUGCUUGGCUCUUACGGCAGCAUGGCAAAGUUCCGGUCAAUUGAGAGGAUCGUAAAGGUGAACAACGCCACAGUCCUAGGAGCUACAGGCGACAUUGCUGAUUUCCAACAUCUAAAAGCCAUCAUUGAACAAAAAGUGAUUGAUGAAGAUUGUGCUGAUGAUGGUUUCACGUUGAAGCCAAAGGCAUUGCACACGUGGUUGACCAGAGUGCUAUACAAUAGACGAUCAAAGUUUGAUCCACUAUGGAACACAUUCCUGGUUGCAGGUAUUGAAGAUGGAGAGCCCUAUUUAGGCUGUGUUGACAAGAUUGGCACUGCCUUCAGCGAUUCAAAGAUUGCGACAGGUUAUGGAGCUCAUAUUGCCCUGCCGCUAAUGCGUGAGGCUCUGGAAAAGAAACCUCAAAUGACCAAAGAAGAAGCCCGUGCUCUACUCAUCAGUUGUCUUCGAGUCCUUUUUUACCGCGAUUGUCGAGCUCUGAAUAAGCAUCAAAUUGCCACCAUUACGAAAGAAGGGGUUACUAUUGAGAACAACAUUGAAUUAGACACCAACUGGGAAGUAGCCAAUUUCGUCAUUGGUUACGAGUAAUAUUUUUUAUCAAUAAAGGCAAAAACGUGUAUUUCUCACGCGUGUAAUCCAAUAAAAUGGGUGUUCUUUGGAAGUAUAAAAAACAUAAAA